CUCUAGGGAUUAAAAAAAAAAAAAGAAAAAGAAAAUGCCAGCCGAUAUAAUGGAGAAAAAUUCCUCGUCCCCCGUGGCUGCUACUCCAGCCAGUGUCAACACGACACCGGAUAAACCAAAGACAGCGUCUGAGCACAGAAAGUCCUCGAAGCCUAUCAUGGAGAAAAGACGCAGAGCGAGAAUCAACGAAAGCCUGAGCCAGCUGAAAACACUGAUUUUGGAUGCUCUGAAGAAAGAUAGCUCGCGGCAUUCCAAGCUGGAGAAGGCGGAUAUUCUGGAGAUGACGGUGAAGCACCUCCGGAACCUGCAGCGGGCGCAGAUGACGGCCGCCUUGACCAGCGACCCGAGCGUGCUGGGCAAGUACCGCGCGGGCUUCAGCGAGUGCAUGAACGAGGUGACCCGCUUCCUGUCCACGUGCGAGGGCGUCAACGCCGAGGUGCGCACCCGCCUGCUGGGCCACCUGGCCAACUGCAUGACCCAGAUCAACGCCAUGACCUACCCGGGCCAGCCGCACCCGCCGCCGCCGCCGCCCCCGCCCGGCCCCGGAGGCCCGCAGCACGCGCCCUUCGCCCCGCCGCCCCCGCCGCCGCUCGUGCCCAUCCCCGGGGGCGCGGCGCCCCCUCCCGGCAGCGCCCCCUGCAAGCUGGCCAGCCCGGCCGGGGAGGCGGCCAAGGUGUUCGGCGGCUUCCAGGUGGUGCCGGCGCCCGACGGCCACUUCGCCUUCCUCAUCCCCAGCGGGGCCUUCGCGCACGGCGGCCCGGUCCUCCCCGUCUACGCCAGCGGCGGCGGCGCCACCACCUCCGUGGGGCCCCACGCGGGGUCCCCUGCCAGCGGGCCUUCGCUCACGGCGGACUCCAUGUGGAGGCCCUGGCGGAACUGAGGGGCGCAGGC